AUGCUAGGCUGCCGCUCGAAAAGGAAGAGCCUGUGUCGCUGGUACCUGCUGCUGGAAGUCUUCCCAGGCAGAGGUGAGGAAGCGAAAACACAGGCAGUGGGAGCAGAACAGAGUAACUUAGAUAAGGAAGAUGGAAAGCUUCCAGAAGAGCCCCGCGGUCAGCACCAUCCCGCCUGGCCUGCAGCCCCGCGGUCAGCACCAUCCCGCCUGGCCUGCAGCCCCGCGGUCAGCACCAUCCCGCCUGGCCUGCAGCCCCGCGGUCAGCACCAUCCCGCCUGGCCUGCAGCCCCGCGGUCAGCACCAUCCCGCCUGGCCUGCAGCCCGGGGUCAGCACCAUCCCGCCUGGCCUGCACCCCACGGUUAUCAUCAUCCCGCCUGGCCUGCAGCCCGGGGUCGGCAAGUGUGUUGUCGCUGGGGUGGCUCCAGGCCCCUCCCUCCAGCCUGUGGGGUCUUUGCUCAUAUUCAGGAGUCUUGGCUGGGAAGGCUGGAGGAGGCUCAGGAACAACCAGCGUGGGGGUCAGCCAGCGUUUAUUUAGAGAGGCCUCCGUGGGGUCCCCCAGCUUCCCAUUGUGGACCUUCGGUGGGAGUUGGGUGAUGGGGUGA